AUGUCGUCGUUUAACGGGAAGACCGACUACGCGCCGGACUAUGCGUCCUACAACUGGAUUGGAGCGCCCUCCAACUACGAAAAGCUCACCACCAACGUUGAUCUGGGCGGCAAUUCUCGCACUGAAAAUGUGAACAAAUGGUUUCAAUCUGGUGACCAGGCCUACAUCAUCGUGGCUUCCGCCAUGGUCUUGGUGAUGAUUCCCGGCCUGGGCUUUCUGUACUCCGGCCUAGCCCGCCGUAAGUCCGCCCUCAGCAUGAUUUGGGCCUGUAUGGCGUCCAUGUCGGUUAUCACCUUCCAAUGGUACUUCUGGGGCUAUUCGCUAGCCUUCUCCCCGACCGCGACCAACGGCUAUAUUGGAAACCUGCGCAACUUUGGACUCAUGAAGACUCUGGCCGAUCCCAGUCCCGGUUCACCAUUGAUUCCGAAUUUGCUGUUUGCCUUUUAUGAGAUGCAGUUCUGCGCUGUCACCGCGGCCAUUGUAAUGGGAGCGGUCGCGGAGCGCGGUCGUUUGCUUCCGGCCAUGGUCUUCACCUUUAUCUGGGCUACCAUCGUCUACUGUCCACUCGCGUAUUGGGCAUGGAACGCCAACGGCUGGGCCUACAAGUACGGUGUGAUGGACUAUGCCGGCGGAGGUCCCGUCGAAAUUGGCUCCGGCUUCACCGCGCUCGCAUACUCUAUGGUCCUGGGUCGUCGCCAGGAGCGCAUGAUGCUCAACUUCCGCCCACACAACGUCUCGCUCAUCCUGCUCGGUACCGUGUUCCUGUGGUUUGGCUGGCUCGGAUUCAAUGGCGGCUCCGCUUUCGGUGCCAAUCUCCGCGCGACUAUGGCUUCAUGGAACACCAACCUGACAGCCGCCUUUGGUGCCAUUACCUGGGUUUUGCUGGAUUGGCGGUUGGCGCGCAAGUGGUCGAUGGUCGGCUGGUGUUCCGGCACCAUUUCGGGACUGGUCGCAGCCACUCCCGCCUCGGGUUUCAUUAGCCCGUGGGCGAGUGUCAUUCUGGGAGUCGUGACUGGUAUUGUGUGCAAUUACUCCACCAAGAUCAAGUACUGGAUCCGCAUUGAUGACUCCAUGGAUGUGUUGGCUGAGCACGGUAUCGCCGGCAUCGUCGGCCUGAUCUUCAAUGCGCUGUUCGGUGACGACGCCAUCGUUGGCCUGGACGGCGUCAACACGGGCACUGGCGUCGGCGGCUGGGUCAUCCACAACUAUAAGCAGCUUUAUAUUCAAAUCGCCUAUAUUGUCGCGACCGCCGCCUACUCGUUCGUCAUGUCUGCCAUUAUCGCCUACGCCAUCAACGCUAUCCCGGGCCUGAACCUGCGCGCCUCGGAGGAGGCCGAGCUUCUCGGUAUGGAUGACGACCAGCUUGGCGAAUUUGCCUACGACUACGUCGAGGUCCGCCGCGACUACCUGGCCUGGACCCCGCAAAAGCACGACCAGCUCGAAGAUGGCCAUCAGAUUCCCGCCGCCGAGCGCUACGGUAUCGGUGAGCACUCGGAAAUGAUGCUUGAGGGCCAUGCACCCAACGGUGAGAUCAGCCAGAGCUCGCGCGGCGGCAGCGAGGGCGACAUGACGAUCCAAGAAGGGAAAAUCCCCCCUGCACCACGCCAGGUCGCCGAGGCAAACCCCCCGCACACCCAUCCAGAGCCUCCGAUCCCCGAGCCGGUCGUGCUGCAACCUGUCAACGAGAAGAGGAACGAUUAG